CCAGCUCAACAUCCGAUCUGAGACGUCAGGCCUGUAAGCCAACGAGAUGUCUCCGAAAUUUUUAUCGUUUUCGCUCUGUUUGGUCUUGCUGCUAACACCAACAUCGGGUAACAUUGCAUUGAACAAACCGACUGAGCAGAGUUCAACCAACAGUAGGGGAGAGUCCUGGAAGGCCGUGGACGGAAAUAGAAGUCCGCUCUUAUACCAACAUGCAUCAUGCGCCGUCACCGUCCCUGACGAGCCCGGAAAACACUGGUGGUAUGUGGACUUGCUCAGGGAUUACCCGAUCAGGGAGGUGGAGAUUGUGGCCAGAGGUGAAGGUAAUGGCAACCUUUUUGCUGAUUGGGAUUUGAUCGUCGCCACGGCUCAACCCCCGACAGGAUUUUUCGCGGCUGCUGGUGGUCAGAUCUGCUACAGCCAGAGCGGCAGCUCGACGGACGGCCAGGUUUACACCCUAUCUUGCAACGAGACGGUCGGUAGAUAUGUCGGCAUUCAGAGGAGAACAAACGGGGGAGUUCUGGAGUUAUGUGAGGUCGAGGUCGAUGUCCGAGAGCAAGCUGCGAAUCUCGCCCUUAAAAAGCGAACUCUACAGUUUGACACGUUUUACAAUGCUGCUGCGUCCCGCGCAGUUGAUGGCAAUAGGGAUAUGUUCUACUCCUCAAACAGCUGCACCCAUACCAAUGCAGACCGGUCGGAUAGCAGCAAUAAUAACUGGUGGGCAGUUGACCUUGGGGAAGAAACGGUGAUCAUGCGCGUUGUUUUAUACAACCGAGCGGACUGCUGCGGCAAUCGGUUAGCUAAUUUCGAUAUCGUUGUGACAAAUCAAGAACCCACUCCGGGCCAGAAGUUUGUGUACGCCCUGGACGAGGUGUGCGCCCACCAGGGUCUUCCUGUCCCACAAGGCGGCAUCGCCAGAUAUGCAUGUACGAACCUCACCGGACAAUAUGUGGCUGUCGUCCAACCAAGGAAGCUAUUUCUUACCCUCUGCGAGGUAGAAGUCUUCGAUCAUAUGAUUCCGCAAACGGUGCCACAUGCUAACAAUCUUGCCCUGAAAAAACCGACACAGCAAUUCGAUGACGCGAAUGUUAAUCAUGGCAAAUCUAGCAAUGCAGUUGAUGGGAAUCGAGGACAGGUGUACCACGCAUCUGGCUGUACGCACACAAGCAGCGAUGCGUCGGACAUCCGAAACAAUAACUGGUGGUCGGUGGACCUCGAGAGGGAGACGGCAGUCUCAUCGGUUGUGCUUUAUAAUCGCGGAGACUGCUGCGGGAGUAGAUUACAAAACUUUGACAUCGUGGUGACGGACACGGUCCCAGUAACAGGCAAAAAGCUUGCUUACAGCCCGUCCGAGGUUUGUCUUCACAAGAAUGGCGCCAUCCAACAGGGAGCGGUGGUCACCUUCCCUUGUGUGAAGCAAGGCCGGUAUGUUGCAGUUGUCCAGUCAAGGAGGCAACCCCUGACAUUGUGCGAAGUGGAGGUGUACGGAGUCCCAUCAGUUACUCUGCCAACUCCCCAACCCCAAAUUGGCAAUUACCAACCAACGGCUUUGCCACUUCAAGGCGCGACAGUUCCACCGACGAUGGCCCCAAAGCAGCAAGAGUAUUUCAACGCUGAACACCGUCUCUUGGCCGAUCUGCUCAAGAAUUAUGACAGAGGGAUACGACCUGUGUCUAAUUUAUCUGAAACAGUUACCGUAAAAAUUGGAUUGGCAGCGAUAUCUGUCGUCAAGAUGAAUGCAAGGGAAGAAUCGAUUGCAUUGAACAGCUGGAUGCGAUACGCCUGGGUGGACAAGAGGUUUCUGUGGGAUCCAGCGAAAUAUGACGGGGUCGACCACAUCCGGAUUCGGUGGGACAAGAUCUGGAGACCAGAUAUCACACUUUACAACAGUGCUGAACCCCAGAGCAUGAAUCCGGUCCUAGAGGACACAAAUGCCAUCGUUGUGAGUAAUGGUAACGUCUUGUACAUCCCACACAUGUUCUUCAAAGCCAGCUGCACCAUGGACUUGACGUAUUUCCCAUGGGACAAACAGAUAUGUCAUUUCAAGUUUGGGUCCUGGAGCUUCGAUGGUUUCAAGCUUGAUCUGGUCUUCUUUGAUGCCAAAGAGAAAAUGGACUUCAGUGACUAUGUAGCGGACAGCCAAUGGACAAUCCUAGAUGCACCAGCAACAAAGCACGUGAAACGCUACCCAUGCUGUGAGGAACCCUACCCGGACAUAACGUACAAAAUCAUUCUGAAGAGGAAUGGAGUUUUUCUAUUGGACUGUGGACCAGGGAUCUUGCUGGCCUUCCUGAUACCACUGGUCUUCCUAAUGCCUCAUGGAACUGGAGACAAGACCUCCCUGGGUUUUUGCAUCAUGUUAUGUCUUCUGAUAAUGAUUGCUUUCCUUGAAGAGUUUCUCUACACUACGCUGAUGCCAAUUUUGGUUUACUAUUAUGUUAUUAGUUUCAUCAUGGUUGGCAUUUCACUCUUCAUCACCACCUUGAUCAACAACAUUUUCAUCGGGUGCACAAUGGCCCCGCCCAGCAGCAUAUUUCAGGCUUGCAGCGGAAUUGGCAAAAUCAUGUGCGUUUCGACAGCUUCGGCGAAGACGGACACCUUCGCUUUGAUGGAUUCCGAGGGGAACGCCACGCCCAAUCCGACAAGUGCCCGUGCCAGGUGGAUUUACAUCGCUACUGUGUUUGAUCGCAUCAUGUUUGUGGUGUUCACAAUUAUUGUGGUUAUUAUCACGACAACAUUGUUUGUGAGGAUGUAGAAGUACAAACAAACAUUAUUUGUGAGGAUGUAGAAGUACAAACAAACAUUGUGAGGAUGUAGAAGUACAAACAAACAUUAUUUGUGAGGAUGUGUAGUACAAAAAAAACAUUGUUUGUGAGGAUGUGUAGUACAAAAAAAAAAUUGUUUGUGAGGAUGUAGAAGUACAAACACGCAUUGUUUGUGAGGAUGUACAAGCACAGACUGGUAAUUCUUUCGACUGAUGAUGCGGUAGAACCUCCCUAUUAAGGACACCCUCGGGACUGACAGGUGCUGUCCUUGAUAGAGAGGUGUCCUGAUUAGAGAGGUCAAAUUGAAUGGAAACAACCACUUUUGGACCAAAACUAGUGUCCUUAAUAGAGAGAUUGUCCUUAAUAGAGAGGUGUCCGCUAAGGGAGGUUCCACUGUACGAACAUUGUAGUGUUAACCCUCAUUGUUGCCAUUAUCACCACAACAGUGCUUGGAAGGAUGUAGUACUGAUUGGCUAACUUUAAAGUGAUAAUACAAUGCAAGUAUUGACACUGCAUAAUAGGACGCUGAAAAUGUAUUUCUACCCAGUAUGUUUAUGAGAUGGUGAAUUCGUUUUAGCGAAUUCAGUUUUGAAAUGUUUCGAAAUGUGCAAGGAAUUCACGGUUUACUUGUGUGUACAUGCAUAAUGGAAAAAUGAUUCAUUGUUUGAAUAUUAGAACUUAUAUGUAAGAUGAUUAUCAUAUUAAAUAGGUCAGCUGCAAUUAUUUUAGUACAUGUAAAUCUUAUAGGUGAAUAUAAAAACACAUUGCCGGUUAGAAAAGAUACAAAGAGUUCAGACAAAGUGAAGAAAGGCAGUUGUUAAAUGACACAAAUAUAUUAAGAAGCACAUUAUUGUAUAAAAAAGACAACAAAACAAUCACCCAAACUGUACAUACACAAUUUUUGACAGAAAUAAAUGCUACUCGAAACAA